AUGUCCUCACCACUCCACAGGCACCAGGCCUCUCUGGAGGACCUUCUGGAUUUUUCAGCCGAGCCCCCGAUUUUCCCGUCCGAUGCCGCAAGGGAUCACGCUCUGCACCUCUUCACCCACGUUUUGGACCAGCUAGAUGCCAGCCAAAACGAGCUCCUGUCGACGCCGUUCCGGCGCAUCGAGAUGAUACGCAGCAUGCAUCGCCAUUCACAAACUCAGCCGUCCAAGGAUCUGAUCCUCCAGUCCUUUUUCUCCAGCAUUGAUGUUGACAUAUUGCCUACCACAAACGAGGUUGACAUGGGAUCGGUAGCAGCAAAGGUGGUCGCAUUUACAGACUUUCUAUUUGCGAAUUUCUUUCUCCCGUCCGACGCCGUCCUCCCAGGGUCCGGUCACCGGCUCAAAGCGCUACGGCGCGACUGCUUGAUACGCGACAGGCACCGCUGCGUUGUGACUCGCAAGUUUGACCGGAACGAGGCCAGGAAACGGUAUGAGCGGGACGGCGAAAACGCCGAGGACGACGACGGGCACAUUUUGACCCAGGACAACAUGCAGCAGUUUGCUAAUCUCGAAGUGGCUCAUAUCUUGCCUCAUUCACUCAUGACACAUGAAGGCAGUUCGGACAUGAUCCAAGCUCGCAAGAACGCUCUUGCAAUCCUCGACAUGUUCGACGUCGGUAUACGCCAUUUGAUUGAAGGCCUCAACAUUGAUCGGCCGACAAACGCUCUGACCCUGACACAAGAAGUGCACAAUGAGUUUGGGCGAUUUAAAUUGUACUUUGAACCACUGGUCGAUGCGCCUCAGCACACUUAUCGCAUACAGUCAACGGAGCCCAUAUUUAGCCCGGUAGCGCCUGUGGUCAGGACUCUGUUCCUUUCGGAGAACCGGACCACUGAUGCUCCUCUACCUCGGCUGCUGGCAAUCCAUGCGGCAGUAACUAAGGUGUUGCAUAUGUGUGGAGCCGGUGCGUACAGUGAAAACAUCUUGCGGGACACGGAGGAACUGGUGAUAGAGGAGGAUGGGACCACCAACCUGGGCAAACUGGUUGCGUUGCGGAUGGGCGGAUGGUGGAAUGGAGUUGUGGUUUGA